GGGAUUUUUUUUUUUUUUUUUGAGCCGAGUACAGGUCGUGCUGCAAUUAGUUCAUUGAAAACUCAGUUGCUCUCUGAGCGCUUGGACAGAGACUGCUUUCGGCUUUUUUUCUGCUGAUUGUUAAGAUCUCCUAUAGAGAGCUGCAACAAUGCCCAAAAGAAAGGCUGCCAGUCAAGGUGAUAUGAGGCAGGAGCCAAAGAGAAGAUCAGCCAGACUGUCUGCUAUGCCUGUGCCCAUUACACCAGAGUUGAAGCCCAAAAGAACAUCAACUCCAAAGAAACUGAAGACAAAAAAUGAUAUGAUGGAAAAAAAUACAGAUGCAGGUGUCAAAGGAAUAGCUGAAAACAAGCAAGAAGAAGUUAUUAAAGGAGAAUGUAAUGAUGAAAAUACUGAAAAUGGAGAAGCCAAAAUUAUGGAGGCACCAGCUCCUGAAAAAGAACUUGAGGAAAUGAAAGAAGAA